AUGUACACCCCGGGUGCAGAUUGCUGUCAUUGUGACGGGGUUUUUUUGCCGUCCCAAGACAGAACACUCCCUGCAAGCCCCCACGGCCUACACACGGGCUCCGUAGAAGGUCUGAAUGACGGCUGCCAGGAGACGUCUGCAAAAGGACAUCUCAUGCCCGUCAAACAUGCUUGCACACCGACGUUAUUAGCAGCCAUUGCCCAACCAGUACUAUCCUGGUAUGGCAACGUGCUUCGGCAAGAAGGCCGUCAUCCAGAAGAUAAGCAGACGCAUAUUGCUCAGCUCACGCGCGUGCCAUUCACAUCAUCCAACCGGCUGCCCAUCGUGCCAAGUGGGCGGCUGCCGAGGAAUUUCAGCUACUGCCAGGCUAGCGGUCAGAUGCGACAUUAUAUCCAGGCCAGAGACAAUUGUCAUGAACACGCAUUUGGUGCAGCCAACAGCAUGUUCACCAAACUUGACACUCUUUCAGGGGGGGCACAAUUUGUGAACAACUGA